AUGUACUCGUCCGCUCUCUUCAUUGUCUUCUUCACACUCAUUUUUGGUGUUCAAACGCAUGCUGAGAGCGACGCUGCGAGUCCUAUAAAUCCAUGUCCUGUUCGAUGUAGCAAGUCUGGAUUGGAUGCUCUGAAGUGGACGUAUCUUCAUGGUGUCGUCGCACUCAAUCGAUGCAAAAAGCCCCUGCUUUUCAGCACUAUGCUGGACAUCCCCGUCAACUCUCCCGACAAGCACAUUACUAUUCGUGCCUGUACGGAUUCCGAGGAUGACACAAAACAGGCACCCGACUAUGAUCCUGUGCCGUUCACCUUUGGUACACCAAAGAAGCGAUCCGAAAGGUUGCAGUCUCCAGGCUGUCCGUCAAACAUGGCUCCAAAGUCUAACCAGACUUCGGUUUACUACCAUGAAUGGCACACGAACCCGGCCGAAAUGGACAGCACGGCCAGUGAUGAAGAUGCCGCUGCGGCUCUUCGAACGCUGAAAAGCUACAUCACCAAGACCGGUGACUGUAGACACAUUACGAUGUUCGCUAAGGUCGGAUCGGCUACUGUGGGAGCUUUUGUUGGUCACGCGGUCGAUCGAGAGGCCUUCAGCCCCGUAGUUGAGCGCCUCAUUUCAGCAAUACAGUCCAGUGGAAGUGGCGAAACCAAUCGCUUCACCGUACAAAACUACAAGGAAACACAUUCAUCUUCCUUGGGUUUUGGCAUCGUUGCGGACCUUCAAAACAAUAUCACCGCAGCCCAGGAAGCGGUUUCUAGCUGGAGUCAGGGUAGAAGCCCCUCAGGCGCUGAUACAACUUCUGGGUGGUCAGACUUCGACAUCAAAUACUGGCUUGUCAAAAGUAUGAACAGCUCCUCAAAUGCGACGGCGAAUAACUCCACGAAUCAUUCUUCUAAUGCUACCUCGUCUCUCAACUUGCAUCGAAGGGCUACUUGUAGCUAUCAAGAGGUAUUCAGCGGUGACGAUUGCUAUGGGUUAGCAGAACGAUGUGGUAUCAGCUUGACGAAGUUCUACAAGUUCAACCCUGGAGAAGACUUCUGCAACAAGCUCAAACCUAAACAGUUUGUCUGCUGUUCGGCUGGCGACCUCCCUGACUUCCGCCCAAAGAAAAAUGCUGAUGGCUCGUGUUUUUCGUACGACAUCAAGGAUGGUGACGGUUGCUGGGCCCUUGCCGAUGCGAAUUAUCUCACCACGAAGGGCAUAGAAGAUCUCAACAAGAACACGUGGGGCUUUGCUGGCUGCGACAACCUUCAACCUGGCCAGAAGAUAUGCCUUUCCGAUGGCGAACCUCCAAUGCCAAAUCCUAUCGAAAAUGCCGUCUGCGGGCCGCAGAAGCCAAAUGGAGAGGUUCGGGGUAACAAAAAGCUUGCCGAUAUGAACCCAUGCCCCCUGAAUGUCUGUUGUAACGUCUGGGGCCAGUGUGGAAUGGACAAGGACUUCUGCAUCGAGAAUCCAGCUGAUACAGGCGCUCCUGGUACAUCGAAGCCGGGCAUGAACGGAUGCAUAUCUAAUUGUGGGAUGAAUAUCACCAACAAUGCCAAAGGGCCAGCGAGCUUCGCCCACGUCGCCUACUUCGAGGCUUGGAAUCAGGAUCGCCCAUGUUUGCAUAUGGACGUCACAGAUAUCGACACAAAGAAGUAUACCCAUAUCCACUUUGCGUUUCCAAAUGUUACUGCUGGAGAUUUCAAAAUCGACGUCGGUACGCUAAAGGACCAGUUCGAAAAGCUGAAGAAGAUGACUGGCAUCAAAAGGAUAGUGUCACUUGGCGGUUGGGCCUUCUCAGCUGAUGCACCAACCUACACCAUCUUUCGUCAGGCUGUCAGUCAAGCCAACCGUGCUACAUUUGCAGACAAUGUGGUUGCUUUCGUAAACGAGCAUGGCCUUGACGGUAUCGACUUUGAUUGGGAGUACCCUGGUGCCCAGGAUAUCACGCCCGUUCCCGGCGCCGCCGACGAAGGCACCAACUAUCUUGAGUUUCUGAAAUUGGUCAAACGUCGUAUGGGAAGCAAAUCAGUCUCGAUCGCGGCUCCUGCCUCGUAUUGGUAUUUGAAGGCGUUUCCAAUCAAAGAGAUGUCUAGUGUCAUUGACUACAUUAUCUACAUGACCUACGACCUGCACGGACAAUGGGACUAUGGUAACAAAUGGUCAAGUCCUGGCUGCCCUGAAGGCGACUGCCUACGUUCGCAUGUCAAUAUGACCGAGACAACUACUGCACUAGCUAUGAUUACAAAGGCUGGCGUUCCCUCAUACAAGGUUGUGGUUGGUAUAGCUAGCUAUGGUCGCAGCUUCAAAAUGGCCGAAGAGGGUUGCACGAGCGAGAUGUGCAGAUACACAGGCAGUAGGACUGUGUCAGAUGCGAUGCCGGGACCUUGCACUGGAACGGGCGGCUACAUAUCUUCUGCAGAAAUUCGAGAGAUUUUGUGGAACAAAGAGCUUCUUGGAGUCAAGGAAUGGAGCGAUGACACCGAUACCGACUAUCUUGUGUACCAAGACACAGAGUGGGUAGCAUGGAUGACCGACGAGACCAAGCAAAACCGCAUCAACAAGUACACAAAACUCAAUUUCGGGGGAGUGUCGGACUGGGCUGUCGACCUCGACAAGGACUAUGGCGAUAGCGGCAUUGGUAACAACGGCGAAGACGACGACAACCAAAUGGGUGGUAAGAACUGCCCCCUCACCAAGGAAUACGCAGAUCUCGAAGCUCUGGCGAACGAUGGUGAUGUAUCGGACGACUGCAAGCCCGUUCUCGCUGUCAGCAUUCUUGAGAAGAUGCUGGAUGGUUCUAUCACCAAAUACAACGACGCAGACAAUGGCUACGACAAGAACUUCGAGGCUUAUGAACGAGUCAUCAAGAAGAGUGCCGAGGCGGCUUUUAAAAAGUUCGCGGACUGGGAGUUCGGCAACAUCCGAAAGUACACUGAUUGUGACUUUCAACGAUCCGGCGGGAAAGACAAGUACAACGGUCCCUGCGAGGACUUGAUGAAAGAUGAUCCUUUGAUCUUCCAGGGUAAAAUGACUAUGAAGAUGACGAUCAGAGAUAGCGAUGGCUUCUAUGAUACCCUCGAAGCAGAAGCGGGCAUCAUCUCUGAUUGGAUCGAACUCGGUGAAUUCCACGAGGAGGUGAACGACUGCUCGAGUUGCCAAGGGCAACCCGCUUGCCUGUGCAUCUACAGAGACGUCACUGUCACUGGUAUACCUGUUCUCAAGAAGGAUUUUGGCAUUCCUGAUCCCAAGGAGAUUAUCAAGAGCAUCGAUCUUGAAGCCACCAGAAAUGCCAUGUCCGCUCGCUUCUUCGAUAUCGUGGCAGGUAUAUGGGAUGGCUCCAACGGCGAUGUGGUUCAAGUCCUCUCAGUGCCAGUCUUUCUCUUCGCGCAAGCUGUGGACUCGAUGGAGGAAGCGAAAGAGAAAGGCGGAGAGAUCAGAGAAGAGGAGAAGAAGAAUCUCAUCAUUACAAUUAUCUCGGCCCUUCUUUUCUUGAUUCCUUUUGUUGGCGAAUUCGCAGCGAUGGCGGCGGGCGCAGCCACCGUUGCUCGCAUGAUUGCUAUGGCCGGAAUGAUUGGGAAUGCCGCUUUCACUAUCGCAGACGUAGUUGCCAAUCCGGAAAACGCGGCCAUGGCUAUUAUGGGGCUGCUAAGUGCUGGACGCGUCCGUAAACCUCGAGACUUCGCAGAACUGGGCGCCGCUCGGCGAGCGCAGACCAAGUUCGACGUCAGCAAGAUGGGUGCAACAUUCAAGAAGCACGAUGACUCUUUGCAAAAAACCAAAGAGAAGCUUGCUUGA